AUGUACACUAUUACAUUAUAUCGUAACCUGUUAGAAGACGAACAGUUUGCGUUCCGCGAUGUAUUGACAUCAAAACAACCUGUAUAUCUAUCUAUCUAUCUAUCUAUCUAUCUAUCUAUCUAUCUAUCUAUCUAUCCACACACACACGUUUUUCCAUAUCUAUCUAUCUAUCUAUCUAUCUAUCUAUCUAUCUAUCUAUCUAUCUAUCUAUCUACUAUUUCGUCAAUAGGGAAUUUCAUAUUAAAAUCACUGUUUCUUAAUGUUUUCUUUUCCCUAUCUAUCUAUCUAUCUAUCUAUCUAUCUAUCUAUCUAUCUAUCUAUCUAUCUAUCUAUCUAUCUAUCUAUGUCUGGUUGCAUCUAUCUAUAUAUACUCGCGUCAUUUGCUAUCAAUAUCUCUUCAAAAAUGCGCUUCAUAACCAAUACACAGAAUUUAAAAUCAGUUUCUUAAUAUCUAUCUAUCUAUCUAUCUAUCUAUCUAUCUAUCUAUCUAAAGUCUGUUUAGCGAGAUCUAUCUAUCUAUCUAUCUAUCUAUCUGAGUCUUUUAAACUAUUUCAAUCGAUCUAUCUCAUCUAUCUAUCUAUCUAUCUAUCUAUCUAUCUAUCUAUCUAUCUAUCUAUCUAUCUAUCUGAGUCUUUUAAACUAUUUCAAUCGAUCUAUCUCAAUCUAUCUAUCUAUCUAUCUAUCUAUCUAAAAUAUCCCAGUUUUCCAUAUCUAUCUAUCUAUCUAUCUAUCUAUCUAUCUAUCUAUCUAUCUAUCUAUCUAUCUAUCUAUCAUGAAACACGCAAUAUGGAAUCCUGUUUCUAUAACAGUGAUAAAUACAUUUGCAUUUUUCUUCACAUUUGCAUAAUUUUAUGGAGAUUUUCACGCGUCAUCAUUAUGUCUGUGAUCAAAAGGAAAACAUACAUGUUUCUAAAGGUUGAUCAAAUAAUACGUAUAAUUUUUAGUUGUGAAAAUAUUCCUUUCGUCUUUUCGCUUGCAGUUGGUCUCCUCUCCUUCUAA